AUGUCAAGUGUACAAGAACAAGAGUUACCAGAACCAGACCAUUACAACGAUGUUAUGAGUGGUGACGGUCAAGAUGAUGAUGAUGAUGCUGAGAUGCUAGAUUCUGUGAAUGAGGAUCCAACUGUUGGUUGUGCACCUACACCAGUUGCACGUGGAAAGAAAAAUAGACUUAGAUCCGAAGUUUGGGAAUUUUUUAAACUUGUUAAGUAUAAAGAUGGUACAACGAAGGGGGUGUGCAAGGCUUGUAAUGUAGGAUAUAAAUAUGAAAGCCAAAGAGGUGGAACCUCAGCCAUGAAAAGGCAUAAGUGCCUUAAACGUCAGUCUAUGGAUGUAGGGCAGAUGAUGUUAGCAGCUUCACAGAAUAGCCAGUUGUCUACCCGUAGGAUAUGUCUAACAUCAGACAUGUGGACUUCUGUAACAACUACUGGAUAUAUAAGCUUAACUGCGCACUAUGUUGAUCAAGAUUGGAUAUUGCAAAAGAAGCUUCUGAAUUUCUGUCCCCUUCCACCACCUCAUACAGGACUUACGAAGAUUGAUCCAGCUGUGCUUAAGAUUCGAGCGACAGUAAAGUCCCUUAAAAAGUCCCAAGUAAGAAAACAAAAGUUCUUGGACAUUGUUGGUACUUUUGGAAUGUCUGGACUGAAAAGAGGUAUUCGGCAAGACGUAAAGACAAGGUGGAAUUCAACUUAUCUUAUGUUAGAUAGUUGUAUCUUGUAUAAGCCAGUUUUCUCUCAUUUGAAGUUGGUGGAUUCAGACUAUGAAGACUGUCCAACUAAUGAAGAAUGGGAACAAAUUGAAGUAGUCACAAAGUUUCUCAAGGUGUUUCAUGAACUCACAAAGAUAUUUUCUGGUAGUAAGUAUCCUACUUCCAAUCUGUAUUUUGAAAGAAUUUGUCAAGUUCAGGUGUUACUAAAGAAAGAGAGCAGAAGUAAUCUUGAAUUCAUUAGGAACAUGGUAAAAGAGAUGCAAGAAAAAUUUGAUAGUUAUUGGAAGGAGUUGAGUCCUAUAUUGGCUAUGGCAGUUGUGUUAGAUCCUAGAUCGAAAAUGAAUUUUGUGAAAUUUACUUACUCCAAGUUGUAUGCUGAUGAGAGAGAAUUAGAACGUCAAGUUAAUAAAGUCCAUAAUAAUAUAAAAGCACUUUUUAAUGAGUAUUACACCCUGUCAUGUUCAAGAGCUUCCAACAGUUGUGCAGCUCAAAAUUUGGGUGUUCAAAAUGGUGGGAAUUUUGUUGUCCAAGAAGGGAGUGACUUUUUUCAGGAAUAUGUUGCAACACAGGAACGUGGUGGUAAUGUAUUAACUGACUUGUCAGAGUUAGAUGAAUAUCUUGGCGAGACGUACAGAGGUUGUCUAAAUUCACUCGACAUCCUAAAUUAUUGGAAGAACCAUGAACAACAAUAUCCAGUACUUUCAAGAAUGGCAGGGGAUAUUUUGUCAAUUCCUAUUUCAACCGUCGCAUCGGAGUCUGCAUUUAGCAUUGGAGGAAGGGUGAUUGAUCGAUUUCGCAGUUCCUUAUUACCUGAAAAUGCUGAGGCGUUAAUAACAACUCGUGAUUGGGAAUAUGGAAUUGGAAAAGAAGAUAUGGAUGAGGACAAUGUGAUUGUUGAAGAAGAUGUAUUAGGAUUUGAACCUGACGCAGUGGAGGAUGGGGCAGUGGAGGAUGUGGAGGAAAUUCAUAUUGAAUAGUUGGAGCAACUCAAAGAGAAUGUUUUUUGGACAGACAGUUAUUUAUCACUUACCAAUGUCUCCAGUUUGCAUAGAAAAGAGAUUGGAGAUGUUUUUUUUGACAGUUCACACUUUUUUGAUUAACCACACAAUAUAUAUUUUGUGCAGGAAGUGGUUAUUAAUAUGGUACAGUCUCGGAGGUUUAUUUUCAUUGUUGGAAACUAUGUUUAUUUUCAUUGUUGGAAACUUGGAAAUAUCAUCAUGAUUCAUGAACUGUAAGUCUGUAAGUUGUAACUAAAGUACUUAAGUACUAAACUACUAAUGACUAGUAUAGUAGUAUCUGUGUUUCUUUAAAGGCAAAAUUAGUUUAGUUUUGUAAUUUUGAGUUUUUGAAUUGAUAUAAAAAUGAAUUGGAUGAA